AUGGGACAUGAGGAGCAUGGAGGGACUUGGCACAUGGAAGCAGCUCAACUGGAUACGCAAAGGAAGAAGGGAGAAGCCAUCUUGAAGACCAGCUCGACCGUCCACUCGACCAACCGGUCGAGUUCCUCAACUCGACCGGCCAAGCUUCAACUCGAUCGAGCUGGAACGAUAACAGAAGCACGUGCAUGGGCUACUGCACAAACGGGAGAAAUAAUUGGACCAAUGGCUAGGGUCUCAUAUCCACGGACUGAGAUCGAGGGUGAAUGGUGCCAAAUAGAUGGAGCAUGGAAAGACACAGAGUGUCGAGCGGGUCUUGGUUGGUAUAACUUUGAUCCCGCGUCAGGUUCAAUCUUGGUGGGCUCAUGUAAUUUACGGCGAGGUUUAUCACCUCUGCAGACAGAAUUGGAAGCAUUAGUUUGGGCUAUGCAAAGUAUGCUAACCCACAACAAAAGGCAAAUGAAUUUUCAAACAGAUUGUUCAGAGUUGGUAACCAUGGUGUCAAAACCUCAGGACUGGCCGGCUUUUGCGAUUUUGCUUGAAGAGGUGGAGAAGUGCAAAAGGAGUUUCCAGGCGUUCUCUCUAACUCAUAUCCCAAGGACGAAGAACACGAAGGCGGACAAGUUAGCACGGAGUGCUCGAGAUCAGCCUUAUGACGUGUAUUAUGUAAACACAGUUCCACCGGUCACGCUUCCCGUGCCGAAUUAG